GUUAUGGACACUGCAACAGGUCUUAGGACAGUGGAAAGGCGUUUUUCUGCAGGGAAGCAUUCCGCCUGUGCCAAGAUGUUGGACGGCAUCAAAAUUGAGGAUCAGCUGAGAUCAGGACCUGAUAGUUUAGGACUGAUGCUUGGUGCCGAAUGCCAUCUUCAGACAGUUUGUGAAGGAUGCCAACGGCCCAUUUCUGACCGAUUCCUCAUGCGCGUCAACGAGUCCUCCUGGCACGAGGAAUGUUUGCAGUGCGUUGUGUGUCAGCAGCCGCUCACCACUACCUGCUAUUCCAGAGACAGGAAACUGUACUGCAAACAGGACUACCAACAACUCUUUGCCACCAAAUGUAGCGGCUGUUUGGAGAGGAUUGCUCCGACGGAGUUUGUGAUGCGGGCUGUGGGGAGUGUGUAUCACCUGGGCUGUUUCUGCUGCUGUGUGUGUGAGAGACAGCUGUGUAAAGGGGAUGAGUUUGUGCUGAAGGAGGGCCAGCUCCUCUGUAAGCACGACUACGAGCGAGAGAAAGACCUGCUCAACUCCGUCAGUCCAGACAACUCCGACUCCGAGAAGAGUGAGGAUGAGGAUUUGGAGGUGAAGCCGGAAAAGGGUACAGGGGCUCAGGGGAAGGGCAGUGAUGACGGGAAGGACCCCCGGCGACCCAAACGACCCCGCACCAUCCUGACCACACAGCAGCGCCGCGCCUUUAAAGCCUCGUUCGAGGUCUCUUCCAAACCCUGCCGUAAGGUGAGAGAGACGCUGGCCGCGGAGACAGGUCUGAGUGUACGGGUCGUCCAGGUGUGGUUUCAGAACCAAAGGGCAAAGAUGAAAAAGCUGGCCCGUCGACAGCAGCAGCAGCAAGAACAGCAAAAUUCUCAGAGACUGGGCCAAGACGUGAUCUCUGGCAGAAUGGAAAGCCUGAUGAGCUCGUACACACCCUUGCCCCCCCCUCAGCAACAGCAACUGGUUUCCAUGGAAACCAAUGGAUACAGCACAGAUCCCUUCCAGCAGGGCCUGACCCCCCCACAGAUGCCUGGGGAUCAUAUGAAUCCAUAUGGAAACGAUUCCAUUUUCCAUGAUAUCGACAGUGACACAUCUCUCACCAGCCUGAGCGACUGCUUCAUGGCAGAGUCAGGGUCCCUGCAGACACGGGUGGGAAACCCCAUUGAUCGUCUCUACUCCAUGCAGAGCUCAUAUUUUGCCUCCUGA